CUAUAUAAAGUGACAAAGCUGGCUCGCUCCGGUAUCUCUUCGCUUCACUUAAACUCGCGUUUUCCGGUCGCAUCACACAAUUCUAAAAGAAGCCACUUUUGUCAGGAUCCUAUCAGCGACCAAUCGACUCAGAGAAGCGGCGAUAAGUGAUUAAGCGACGAAAUUUAAAGGACACCGCCUGCAAUAUUCGCGCGCUUUAUUCGCGAGAAUGUCACGCUUCAAGUCGCACAUCGUCAAGGCAUCAUUGAAUUAACAUAUUGACAAGCCCAAUCGCAUUGAUUUGACACCAUCAAGAAGUGCUAUAUAGUACAUUAAAUACAUCGUAUCCACGUAUUCAUUCCUGUGACGUCUCAAUCAGUUUGCAGAUGCUGAGAAGAUGAAGAGAUAAGAACUAGGUCGACGAGCGACCCUAUUCACAUGUACAUACUAAUAUUGUAGAAGAAGACAUACACAAUGAAGCAAUAUAUCUUAUUACUUUGUAUCAUAGCUGUUUUCCGGGAUUCUAAAACGCUACGUAAAGGCUCCACGGAUUAUGAAGAGAACUUCUUUGAUGCCUCUUUUGAACUUUGAUGUUGCUUACGAACAUCACCCGAUUAGUAUUAGUCUUGGCAACGAGGCGAAACUUUGAUCUCUCAUCAGAUAUGUCCUUCUGGCUGAAGUCUGGCCAAGACACCCUACAUAAGAUCCUGGCGCACCGGAACAAUGAAAACCGUGCCAAGAACGUGAUCAUUUUCAUCGGGGACGGCAUGGGUUUGUCUACCAUCACGUCCGGUCGAAUCUACGUAGGUCAGCUUAAAGGUCAAUCCGGUGAGGAAUACCAACUCGAGUUCGAGAAGUUCCCCAAUACCGGUCUCGUCAAGACUUACAACGUGGAUAAGCAAGUACCCGAUUCCGCUGGAACAGCUACUGCAAUAUUUUCUGGUGUAAAAACGCGAUAUCAUAUUAUUGGAUUGGAUGGCAGAGCUGAAGAUGAAAAAUGCGACAAAAAAAUCGUUGAAAUUAGUAAACUGUCCACUAUAGCCAAUUGGGCACAAGAAUCCGGCAUGGAUACAGGAUUUGUUACCACCACUCGUAUUACCCACGCCACUCCUGCGGGACUUUACGCGCAUACUAAUAGUCGAGAUUGGGAAUGCGAUAGCUCGAUACCAAUGAACCAGCGAAAUUGUGCCAAAGAUAUCGCUAGACAACUCAUUGAGGAUGAACCGGGAAAUCAAUUUAAGGUUAUUAUGGGUGGCGGUGCGCAAUAUUUGGGUAUGAAUAUGGAACCAAUUGAUUCCGAUGCCUGUUUCCGAUCUGAUGGUAGAAAUUUAGUAAAAGAAUGGCAAGCGAAUCAUACCAAGGGAAGAGUCGUUAACAAUACGCAAGAUCUCAUGUCUAUCGAUAUUAAUAAUACGUCGCACAUUCUCGGCAUUUUUUCGCCUGAUCAUAUGCCCUACCACGCCGUUAAAAGCGCCGAAACUCCUUCGCUGGUGAACAUGACAACGCAGGCAAUAAGAUUGCUGAAGAAGAACAAAAAUGGAUUCUUACUAAUGGUUGAAAGUGGUAAAAUCGAUUUAGCUCAUCAUAGCAAUUGGGCGAAACUAGCACUACGCGAACUGUACGAACUCGAGGAAGCGGUCAAGGUAGCUCUUCGACUCGUAAACUUGGAAGAAACAUUAAUCAUCGUCACAGCUGAUCAUUCGCAUUCAUUCACAUUGAAUGGAUAUCCCAAUAGAGGCAAUGAUAUUCUCGGUUUCGCCAACAAAUCUAAAGAAAAACCCUAUGAGACGCUUUCCUAUGCUAAUGGUCCUGGAUUUUUUUAUCAUCGGAGAAAUGAUAGCAAGAACGUUAAUGAGACUUGGAGAGACGUCGCUAAGGAUCCGACUCACAAUGAUCCCUUUUACAUGCACUUUGCUGGCAAAUACCUCAAGGAUGAGAGUCAUGGCGGAGAAGAUGUCGGAAUUUAUGCUAUUGGUCCUUAUGCACAUUUGUUCCGAGGUACUUUUGAGCAGAAUUAUAUCGCUCACGCCGUGGCAUAUGCGGCAUGCUUUAAAGAUUGGCCGUCUCAUUGCGGCAAUGCUUAUAAUCGCUACUUUUAUGGUAUCAAUAAAAUACCACAAAAUAAAUUUAAUUCGGCACAACAAAAUACUAUAUCAUUCAUAGCUAUGAUCUUUUUGUUAACAAUAAUGUUUAUACAACUCUGAUAAAAUAUAUUUCUUUUCAAGAUAAUACAUUUCGUCAACCAAAAUGAAUGAUUAUAUGCAGUCGCGAGAAAAAUUAAUUUCGAUAAAUUA